AUGUGGGCUUCAAGGAUCCUCAGCUCCGCAACAAGAGCAGCGCCAUUGGCCAAUUCGGCAUUGGCAGCAAUCAAGCCCGCCCGCACCCUCACCACUCCCAUGAUGACCCUCCGUCAAUCAUCCUCCUCAACCUCGGCAAUCUCCUACAAGCGUUCGCACCCUCACAAGCGCCACCCAGCCCUGACAUCCGACUACCUCCACCCAGCCCCACCCUCGGCCGAAGAAGCCGUCUCCAACAUUCUCUACAACACCCCGCCCAUCGGCAUGACGCGUACGAAGCAACGCCACAUCUUUAACUGUCUUGUCCAGAACGAGCCCGGAGUCUUAAGUCGCGUUUCAGGGAUCUUGGCUGGACGUGGGUUUAACAUUGAUUCGUUGGUGGUUGCCAAGACGGAGGUGGCCGAUCUGUCGAGGAUGACGAUUGUGUUGAGGGGCGAGUCGAAUACUAUUGAGCAGGCCCGGAGGCAAUUGGAGGACCUUGUUCCAGUGUGGGCGGUGUUGGAUUACACCGGAUUCAAGGUUAUUGAGCGCGAGUUGCUGUUGAUCAAAGUCUCGAUCCUCGGACCAGAACACGUCCGCGCCCAGAUGAACUCGCGUUCCCCUAAUGGCUGGCAGUUAUUGCAGGAAGAUGCUGACGAGGAUAUGACCCCCUCAAACGCACUCCGUCAGACCCACGGCCACUUAAAGUCGUUGACAGAGUUGUCCAAGUUGUUCCAGGGUAAAGUGGUCGAUGUCAGUGGCGACUGUGCCGUGAUCGAGUUGUCGGCCAAGCCUGAUCGUAUCGAUGCCUUUGUCAAGUUGGUUAAACCUUUUGGUAUCCUUGAGGCUGCCAGGAGUGGAAUGAUGGCUAUGCCUCGUUCGCCUAUCUAUGAUCGCCAUGAGUUGGAGGAGGAUGAGGCCCAGGAGGAGGGAUCUGGCGUCGAUGCCUCCAUGUUGCCCCCUGGAUAA